ACUUCUGCUUCCGGGUCGGAGCCAUGGCGGUGGCAAAUUCAAGCCCUGUCAACCCCGUGGUGUUCUUUGAUGUCAGCAUUGGCGGUCAGGAAGUUGGCCGUAUGAAGAUCGAGCUCUUUGCAGACGUUGUGCCUAAGACAGCCGAGAAUUUUAGGCAGUUCUGCACUGGAGAAUUCAGGAAAGAUGGGGUUCCUAUAGGAUACAAAGGAAGCACUUUCCACAGGGUCAUAAAGGAUUUCAUGAUUCAGGGUGGAGAUUUUGUUAAUGGAGAUGGUACUGGAGUUGCCAGUAUAUACCGGGGACCAUUUGCAGAUGAAAAUUUUAAACUUAGACACUCAGCCCCAGGCCUGCUCUCCAUGGCAAACAGUGGUCCCAGUACAAAUGGCUGCCAGUUCUUCAUCACCUGUUCUAAGUGUGAUUGGCUGGAUGGGAAGCAUGUAGUGUUUGGAAAAAUCAUUGACGGACUUCUGGUGAUGAGAAAGAUUGAGAAUGUCCCCACAGGCCCCAACAAUAAGCCCAAGCUGCCUGUGGUGAUCUCACAGUGCGGGGAGAUGUAGUCCAGAGCAAGACUGAAGCAGACCUCCACAUCUCUGCCAGUGUAGGCCUGCCCCUUCUCUGGGUGAUGCUCUUGAGUAAGAUAACCUGCAUUGGCCCCUGUGUUUGCUUCCUGGCCUGCUGUUGACCUGUUUGAUCAAGAGACUUUGGAAGUAUCACAGAUUCAGAAUCCAAGAUUUUCCAUGUUUUUCAACUGUAAAUAAAGGUGGUUUUUUUUUGUUUGUUUUUUUGGGGGGGUUUUGUUCUUGUAUGUGUGUUGUUACUAUAAUGAUAGCCUGUCUCCUCACACCUUAGCUUCAGCUAGGAGGACUGGCUCUCCCAAUGCAAGGCCAGUGUGGACCAGAGCCAAAGCCUGGCUGUAUAUAGUUGAUGCCUCAAAUUUACAAGUAGUUGUAGCAGUCGCCUCUUAGGUUCAAGCUGAUUGAGCAGAGAAGGCAAAGCCCAGGGCCGAUCUAUUCUGAGGAUGUUCCUAGUAGGUUCAGUUUGGUUAGUUCUGAAACCUGUGGGAAGAGGGUCACAAACUUGGGAUAUUUUUGGAUGGGAGACCAUUAGGUAGAAUGUAUCUUGAUCAUGACAGAAUGGGAAUAAUUUAGUUAAAAACCUUGGCUUGAACCUUGGGUCAUUCUUUUUUUUUAAACAGUUGAGGUCCUGAGGAGUUCACUGCCCCUUUCAAAUCCCCCGUUCCCUCAUCUAUAAAAUGGGGAUAAUAAUACCUAUCUACUUCAUAGCAUUGUUGAAAGGGUCAAAGAGAAUGGAUGUGAACUUGUAAAUAGUAACAUACCUUGCAAAUGUUAGUUUUGAAAGGGAAUAACCCAAUAUAAAAAGUUCCCACAGAGUACAGUGUUCAAGAGGUGAAGAGCUCCCUGGUGUUUCUUUCAUGAGGCAGUGUCUAAGUUCUCCCAUUCCUCUUUUCUCCUGCCUCAGGGAUAGGACGACUCAUAACUACUGGCAGCAGACUGCUGCUGCAGAGAUAACAGAGAACUGAACUCUGGCAGAAUAGAACCUGGUUAGAAGUGCCAUUUCAGUGUACUGGCAGGACAAGGGAGAUGGUGAAAUAUACAAGGCACUUACAGAUAUUCGCAACUCUAUAGCUGAGUAAACAUUCAGGGAACACAAUGGAAAAAGAACUGUGAUCAAGUAACUAUACGGGGUGGAAUUAUAAAGAGACAGAAAGAAUGAUGAUUGGCUGGGAUCCUGAGCUGCUAUUCUUGUGA